CUUAAUUAGAAGAAAAUCAAAGAUUCUUCAUUAAUUAAAACAAUACAUCUGUCAUCCAUAUCGCCUUUCCUUCUGAAUUUAUCCCUAAUAUGUUGCAUUAGUUAUUUAAAACCAAAAUACUUACUCCCAAAACAACCAAAGAUUCACCCAACUCAUCAAAAACCAAAAACUAACAACAACAAAAAAAACCAAAACAUUCUAUAAAGGAAGAAAAACCAUUGAAUUCCUUCCCAUAUCAAACGACCAAUUCCCGAAUAUAUAUACAAACCUCAACCCUCCCUCAACAUUAUUCACCACAAGAAGAAACACACAAAGCUCCAAAAGAAUGGCGAAAACCGCAGUAAUUUUGUCCCUCUUCGCAUUCUCCGUAGCCUCCUCUCUAUGGGCCCACACUUGCGUCGCUAGCGUCAGCAUAAGACUGGCGGGCCCAGAAAUCACGGCCAUAUGCGACAAGAGCGUCGACCGCCAGUUCUGCCUCAACUUCCUGCAAUCGACGCCCGGAAUCUCCACCGCCGAUCUCAAGGGCGCCGGCCUGAUCGUCCUGGACUCGGCUCGAGCCGAGGCUUCGAGCACCGAGAGCUACGUCAAGGCGCUUCUGGGGAAGGCCACGGAUCCCAAGCAGAAGGAGGCCUACAAGACGUGCCUGAGCAACUACGACGACGCCGUCGACGACAUCGAGGCGGCGAAGGCGUCGCUGAGCGGCGGCGACUACAACGGCGCCAACAUUCAGGCGUCGGGGGCUCAGGAGAACGCCGACACGUGCGACGAAGGGGUGAAGGGCUCGGAUCUGUCGAAGAAGAAUCAGCACUUGUUUAAGGUUCUCGACAUAGUUUUGAUCAUUGCCAACAAGUUGCGCGGUUAAUGAUUGAAUUUGUUGCGACUGAGGAUUUGUUUUUUCCCCCGUGUGGUUAUAGAAUAAUGAUGGGAAUUGUUAUAUUACAGAGGAUUGGGAGCGGUUUCUAGUCCUGUUGUUGCAUGGAUUUACAGUCAUUGAUAUGUUGCACCGGUUUUCGUAGUAAAUUCUGAUGAGUUUGAUUGGUUAAAUCUGCACGUUGAUAUGAAUUGAAUCGGAUUUGUUGUCGUCGAAUGAAAGUCAUGGUAGAUG